AAAGCUGCUAUCAGCCGGUGCAUUGAUUUCAGUGUAGUCAGGAAUCCAUUCAGUAGAACCAGUUGAUGUGAUUUUUGCAUUGGGGUUCAUCAGUUGAGACAGUGGCGGAUGCCAAAGGAGGCAACUUCAUCGGCAAGGCCAAUCGCCAGCCAGCGCGGCUUUGGAAGCAUUAUAUUAUAUAGGUUGCAGCUGACCACAGGAUGCGAGGUCGCCAUCGAGCCGAUAGUAACCAGGGUGCCGGAUUUCUUUCACAUAGAUACGGGAGCACCGCACAGUAUCCAUUUAGAGGGCCGAAGGUAUUGACUUGAAAUUGGCGGAAAGUGGCUUCGGGGAGUCGUAUAUCGUGACGAUGUCUUUCAUGGCCGCCUUGAUUUCCUCGAGGGUCUGGUUAGGAUCGAGCUUAGUAGCCCGGCACCAUCAUCAAGCCUCAACUUCUCGGGGUUGCGGGAAGCAGCAAUCACUCGCUGGCCGCAGCCGGCCGCAUGUUUCUCAAGAACCCGGAAGUUGCACCGGUGAUGAGCCAAACACGAGAAGAAGCCAUGAUAGGAGAGGGAGGAAAGAAAUCUAUUUAGUUGAAUGGAUGGAAGCAGCUGAUCAGACGAGACAGACGAACUGGCAAGCCAUUGUAUUAUAUAAAUGGCUUAUCUCGAUGCUGCCACCAUUCGAUCAUCUGUCUCUUCUUUUCCUCUACCUUGCAUUGUAGUAGCUCUAUCGUCUUCAUUUAUUUCCACUCUCCAAGCUUGAUUAGUUAUCUCCAGUGACUGACACUCACGAAUCCGAGGUAAAUGCUGGCAAUGUCAUUAAGUUAACCCUUCCACUGGGCAAGAAAUCUGCCUUCACGGCUAACCCAGCCCUAGCUAGUCCAUAUCAAGAAUGGCAUCUUUUCUUAAUCAUUCUAUGAAGACCCUUGGUUUCUCUAGUUUUGCCUAUCCGUUUCGCAGGGACCCGGUGCUAUUAAUGGAUAUCAAAACAUUUCUUUGCUCGGCCUGCCGCAACUGGUUUCUUUCUGUUGGCUUGGUUAGAGAUUUUGAAUUGAUAGAUAAGUGAAUGAAUGAAUGAAUGAAUGAUACCUCCUCUGCACACCCAGUUUUGAAUCAUUUGGACAAAUAGGAGUCGAUUUUCUGCUUUGAAACCGAACCUCGGGGCCGCGCUUAGUUCGACCCCUCCACGCCGAGGGUGGAAGAUAUAUAUCUUAAGAUAUAAUCUUGUUUACCCCCAGCAAGCAACCAUAUUGUGUGCUAUAACCAACCUUUCUCUGGUUGGGUGUUGGGUUUUUUUAAGCCUUUUGUUGUUUCUUAUAUUUUAAACAACUACACAUAUCGCCUGCCUAUACCAUAUCGACCUCGGGAGGAGGGGAAAAGGAAACCGGCGCGUGAGAGAAGAUAUAUAAGAAUGGCAAACGACGAUGCUGCACGAAAGGAGGCAAAAAAGGCUGUUGAAGGCUUGGUUGAGAUAUAUCACGGAAUCAUGCAGGAGAAGAAUUUUAGAGGCUACGAUAGACAGCUGAUGGAUUCCCUGCGGGUCAUCGAAGCGUAUCCCGACGGCAGAGCCCUCUGGGAACUCCCCAUUACGGACUUCUGGGCCAAUAUAAAUGGGGUGAUGCAUGGCGGCGCUUACGGUGUUAUAUUUGACAUGUGCACUGCCAUCUCCAUGAGCCCGAUUUCGAAGGAGGGAUAUUGGGAGUUCCUGGCUGGUGUCACGCGCUCACUCAACAUCUCCUAUCUGAAAGCUGUGCCUAUAGGUUCGAUAGUCUACAUCCGCACCAACGUCAUCCAGCACGGACGAACAAUGGCCCUAAUAGGCGCCACGAUGGAGUCCAAGGAUGGGAAGAUAAUAUAUGCCACGGCGGAGCAUCAUAAGGUGCAUACUCCGGCUCUACCUGAAUAUUCGCAGAGGCUCAGGGAGUGGUUGCAGAGGAAGGAGAAAUCUAAGUUUUGAGGUAUAGUGGUAGUGGACGGGGAGGGUUCUGGAUAUGCAGUAACAGGGGUGUUCAUAUAUUUAACCUUUCUUUUUCUCUGCACUUGGCUCUUUCUUUUGAGCUCCAGGUAUAACUUUGCAGGUAGACGAGUAGAGGGCCCGAUUUUCUGGUUUCUUCACUCUAUAUAAAUCAGAGUAUGCAUGCUAAAAGGCUAAACCAAGCCACGAGCUCGCAAACGAGAAUUGAUGUGAUGAAUGAACUCGUAUUUCACAAGAAUGCAACCAUGCGAUCAUUCCGAACCAAUAAUAUAUGUAUAUAUGUACAGAGCAGACGAGAUCCCUUUUGUUGUUUUUUUGUUUCAAUUUUUCAUUAUUCUUAAGACAAAAAGUAAAAAGAAA